AUGGAGUUGCUGUUUGGAGCUGCCGCCGCGGGCGGUGGUGGCCUCUUCUCCUACAAUCGAGAAAAUUACAUGUUCGACAAGGAGCUGCUGAUCAAGAGAGACUACCAAGCACAGAAGAUGCGAGUGGAGCAGUCCAAGCUUUACCGCGAAGAUGUGCGUGAUCUGGUCAACCUUACAGUUAGGAAGAUGGACAACUACUUGGUAGUGAGCACUCUUCAGCUUGGCUUCUGCAUGACCCUUUAUGUGGAAGGAAGGCCAGAGCCAGAUGUUGGGCCCACCUGGUUGAUUCACCUCUUUGCAAUGUGCAAUGCUGGCGCAUUCCUGUACUAUAUAUUGAGUAUCUGGCUGGCAAUGCACGCCUCGGUGGCAGCACAUGCCUUCGGGGUUCGCUUGCUCACCCAGUUUGUGCGGCUGCCAAUACCAGACGAUGCAACUCUGGACAAGAGCCGUUUCCAAGCCCAGGAGUUCGAAGGCACAAAGGCACGUGAGAUGUUCCGCAUUCCACUUCUUCGCCAACAGUUGAAGCGGCUGAACCACGCCAUGGAGCAAGCGGACGAGGAUGAAGCGGUGUCUGCCGGUGUGUCCGUGAGUGGGUCCGAAGAGGACCUGGACCCAAGCAUAAGUCCUGUGAUGCUGCUGGAGCACGUGCAGCUGUACCGGCGAACACAAGCAAACUGGCAAUCCUACGAUGCAUAUGCACGGGUGUGCAUGGCAAUGGGUACCAACCAGCUGCUGCACACACUCAGCUACAUGAUGCUGGGGACACUUGUGGCCGUAAACGACGUCCCGUUGCCGGCACUCUCUUGCGUGGUGAUCUUUACGGGCUGCGCAUGGGUCUUGGCGAGGCUUGACCUAUACCUGUCGCGAAAGAUCCUGGCAAUCGCUGCCAUCCUCCUGAUUCUUCCGCCUACGCUUGUGACUGUGAGUUUUAGCUUGCAUCGCGGGUGGACAAGUACACCCACUGCGUUCACGAUCGGCUGUUACCGCUUCAUGGUUCCAGUGGCCUUUUUCUUCCAUCUGCUGUGGAUCGUCUUUACGGCGAUCGUAGCACGGGCCGUGCCGUUUGGCAAUGUGGAGCUUCCUACGAACUUCCGCAGCGUGCUGUUCCUGGACGUUUUCGGAUGGCUUGCUCAAGCUGCAGAGCAGGACACGCGCGAUGGCGAAGCGCUUGUAGAGGAAACUGAGAUGCAACGGCAGCUGUCCGUGGUGCGUGAGGAAUCUCCGAGAGUAGGGGAGGCUGGGAAUGAGGAUGGCGAGGAGCUGCCCAUGGAAGUGCUCCAGAUGCUGCAGCCCGAGUGCCAAAAGCUCCAGGCCCAGCUCUGCGCAGAUCUCGGCCGCUUCGAGUCGGGUCAAGUUCUGAGCUUCCUUCGCCAAGAGCCAGGUGCAGAGGUCAUGCUGAGGCAGCUGAGAAGAGAGUUUGACGACCUCGUGGCGGAGCUCACUUGCCUAGAGGUCAGCACUGCAAGCUCCAGUUCUCAGGAGCAGCAGCCGGUUUGGCUUCGCCUCGAAUGGACAAGCAAUGGUCGCCCCACGCAGAUCUUCCACAACACCGAAGAGAACAAAACAGUGUGGGAAGAACCUUCCACGUCUGGUCGGAUUAUUGACAUGUACAGCUUGAGAACAGACCUGGAAAGGUUUGCAGGCCAGGUUGGCCUUUUGAGAAGACAGUGCCCCCGACGUGCAGGAGCGCCUGAAAACGACGUUGAUGGGGCCACGGGCGAAGCAGGCAACAUCACGCUGACCUUUCAUCCUAGCUUUGCGCCUACAGAGGAUCAGCCGGAUGCAGGCUCGGCCGAAGCAGAGGAUCGAAGACGGGACGAGCAGCGCUACCGGCUCAAGCCAGGGCGGUUGCCUGCGCGGACGGUGAUGCUUGGCAGCCUGGUGCUGGUUGCUGCUUGGAUUACUAGCCUGGUGUGGAUCAUCGUUUACAUCAGCUGCGAGGCUGUCCACCAAGGGGCCACUGGCACCAUCAGACAAGCUCUGACGACAAGUGCCACUUCACAUUGGCUUCAAGUCUUGCGAGAAACAGAGCGGCAAAAGGUUUCCUUCCACUUGCCGCAUGCGGAGGUCGUAAGCUUCAAGCAGUGGCCGCAACAGUUUUCCAAGCCAGCCGCGCUCGCUUGCGACCCUGAGCUUGGAGAGAUGCUCGUGGUCUUCGAGAGAUACCGGGCGGUCGUGCUGCCACUCCGGGAAGACGCUGGGCUCACCAGGCAAGCAGCGCACGUGCAGGCCAGGCUGGACCAAUGCCUGUCAGAAGCGCCGCUGCUCAAGGCCUUCCAGGCCCAGGGCAUCCGCAGCGCGAGUAUCCAAUGUGACAGGGACAGCCAGGUGUUCGAGAUGCAAACUUUCCUGGGAUCCGACAUGCCAGAGGAGGUUUUCGAGAUGCAAGUGGUAAAUUCUGGGUCCAACCGGCACAGGUGGGUUUUCGAGAUGCAAACUCCCGAUUUCGCGUAA